CUUCACCGCCAAUUGACUGGAACAGACAUGAAGUAUGGCGUCUCCUAGGUAAAUAUACCAAGGGAAGCUCUCACCGCCAAUUGACUGGAACAGACAUGAGAAACUUCAGCAAAGUAAUUGGAUCAACUACCGCCGCCAAUUGA